GCUCAACGCCGCACUUGCAUGAAACAGGAAAUCAAUCUGCAACGCGACACAACCUCAAGACAAGCCACCCGCCACCCGCCACCACGCCUGACGAUCAUUCAAAGGCGGCAGGGCUUAGGCGCAGUGUUUUAGUGCUUCGUCAGCCCUCUUUCCGUCCCGUCUGCUCCAUGCCUCGCGCGUAGUCGUCCCGCUACAGAGAGGAACCGCCAGCAUCCCUUCUCGGCAAAGGCAGCCAUGGCGCAGCCUCAACCACAAAUCCCGGACUCUGAGGCUCCCACCACCGCAGCAGCCGCUCCUCCGGCGGUCAUCCUCGCGGGUGGUCUUCCCGGCACGGAACAUGAUCCGGCCGGCCACGAUAUCAUCCCCGACCUAUUCCUCGCCGGCGGCCUCUUCGUCCCCAUCGAGUCCGAUCUCGCCGCGCCAUACACCCCACCGGCCACCCGCAUCGCCCGGCUGCGCGAGAUCCUGGCUCUGCUAGACUCCCACUCCACUGCUGUCCGGUCAAACCUCCUGAAACUGUUUGUUCGCGACAGUGCUCGCAUCGCCCAGAAUGGUCGUCGCCAGGAGGCCCUGCCUCCCGCAGGCACGAUACAGGACCCUCCUCCCGGCCUGGAACGCAAGGACCUCGACGAGAUGAUCAACAACAUGACGGCGCCGCACAAUCCCGCCCAAGACUACAACAUCACCCUCAUCCCGGAACCCGACUUCGUCACCGGUAUCAUCGCCCGCUCACCACGCGAAUGGGCAGCCAACGAGCUAUUCCGGGCCGCGCAGGCAGGCGCCGAUAAGCUGGAAAGCUACGAUAAAUUUAUCGAGGAGAGCCGUGAAUUCUACCAGCAAGCGCUCAAGAAAGAGCUGGAGCGCGAGGCUGAGUAGGAACUCGCCAAGCAAUCCGGCGCGCCCCAUAAGUAUCAGACGCCCCCAAAGAAGAGACGGUACUUCCUACCAGGCUGGAAUAACACCAAUGGUCGAAAGAGAACAAGAUGAUGUAAAAAUGCGUUGAUUUAAAGACGUUCACGCCGCGAGGGGGGGACCAGCAUGUCAACUUAUUUACCUUCACCCUCCAGCCCGACGUCCUAUAUGUACAAGCACUACGAACAUCCCAGACGCAAAAAGGAAAUCUUUCUAUUCUUUUACAGCCCCCUCUUCACGCCCCGUACUCGACUUGGCCCAUGGGCCUAUCCUCCUCCAUACCGGGGGCCAUAAAGUUCGUUCGGGGGUCGCCAGUAGCCUUGGCGGCCGAGCAGCGUGCCAUGGUCGGUGAGCUGGGUAGGGGGUUAGCAGUGUAAUUAGAUGAGAGAUGUAUAUAGAAUGUAGCAUACCUCCUCGAUAUAACGUCUGUAAA